AUGCCCUGCCCUCGGCUGCCCUGGCUGCGCCGCCCGCGGGACCCGCCGGGCUCGGGCCCCGGCUCCCCGGGCUCGCUGUCCCCGGGGCCGGCGCGCGACGAGGACGACGAGGAGGAGGAGGGCAGCGCGGGCUCCAGCCCCAUCCUGUCGCCCGUGGAGUGCCUCAUCUGCGUGUCCCCCUUCGACGGCGUCUUCAAGCUGCCCAAGAGCCUGGACUGCGGCCACGUCUUCUGCCUCGAGUGCCUGGCGCGCCUGUCGCUGGCCACGGCGGGCGGCGGCGACGCGGUGGCCUGUCCGGUGUGCCGCGCGCCCACGCGCCUGGCCCCGCGCCGCGGGCUGCCCGCGCUGCCCACGCAGCCCGGCCUGCUGCCCCGCGAGGCGCGCCUGCCGCUGCCGCGCCAGGGCUCGGUGCGCUUCGACCGGCGGCGCGGCCUGCUCUACCUGCGGCCGCCGUCGCCCUCGCCCGGGCCGCGCAAGGCCCGCGGCCCGCGCCCGCCCCCGCCGCCGCCGCUGCGCCUCGGCCGCCCGCUGUCGCGCCGCCUGUCGCUGUCCAGCUCCGCCUGGGCCUUCAACGCGGCCGUGGCGCUGGCCGUGCUGGUGGCCGCGGGGCUGGUGGUGUCGGGCGUCUACAUCUUCUUCCUCAUCCCGCACGCCAACGGGCCCCCGCGGCCGCAGCUGGUGGCGCUCGCGCCCGCGCCCGGCUUCUCCUGGUUCCCGCCGCGGCCCACGCCCUGGACCCCCUUCUGGACCCCGCGGCCCCCCCCGCGCCCCGCGCCCGACGCGCCGCGGAAGCCCCCGGAGCCCGCGCGCCAGGCGGCGCCCCCGCCCGCCGAGCCGCCCAGCCCCGCGCCCCCCCCCGCGGGCCCGGCCGGCGCGCGGCCCACCGCCCGGCCCGCCGGGGAGCCCUCGCGGGAGCCCGAAGACCCGGCGGAGGCCGGCGGCACGCUCGACCCGCUCGCGGACCGCAGGUGGGGCGCGGAGGCGGGCCCCGGCCGGGUCCCGCGGGCCCUGGGCGGGCGGAGGCUGGGGUCGCGGGCCAUUUCCACACUCCUCUGGGGCCCCAUCCACCCCACUGGUGUCCCUGCCGAGCCCGCAGCCGUGGUUCUGCCCGUCGCCUCAGUCUGCGCGGAGACGCCGGCCAAUGGGGGCCGCCUGCCGGCCGGGGCGGCCCCGCGUUGCCAUGGCGACGGCGCCCGCAUCCGCCCCCGCGCGGCCGUCCUGCGCGCGCGCUGCGGCCCCCGGCGGGCGGGCCAAUGGGAGCCCGAGCCCCGCGUUGCUAUGGCGGCGUUACUACGGUGCCGUUGCUAUGGCGACGUCGCCAGCCUUCUCCGCGCCGCAGGGUACAGCUACGUGCGCACCCCGGCCGGGCAGCGACGGCCAUUCCCGGAAGGGAACGGCGAACGCAAGAAACGGAGCCUGCGGCCCCCCUGA